AUGAUGAAGUGGCUUGUCGUCCUGUCAGCCCUUGUGGCUUUCUCCGAAUGCCUCCUCAAGGUGCCUCUGAUCAAAGGGAAAACUGCCAGGCAAACCCUGCAUGAGAAAGGAUUAUGGGAAGAGUACAGGAAGAUGCACCCAUACAACCCAAUGGCCAAGUUCCACCAGUAUGGUGUUGAGCCCAUGACCAACGAUGCUGAUUUGUCCUACUUUGGUGUGAUUUCCAUUGGCAGCCCUCCUCAGUCCUUCCUUGUCAUCUUUGACUCUGGCUCCUCCAACCUGUGGAUCCCUUCAACCUACUGCUCCAGCCAGGCUUGUGAGAACCACAGAAAAUUCAACCCACAGCAGUCCUCCACCUACAAAUGGCUCGGCCAGCCUCUGUCCAUCCAGUAUGGCACUGGCAGCAUGACUGGAUACCUAGUCAGUGACGAUGUUGAGGUGGGCGGCGUCACUGUGGCCAACCAGGUGUUUGGAAUUAGCCAAACAGAGGCUCCCUUCUUGGCUACAAUGCAGGCUGAUGGCAUCCUGGGACUGGCCUUCCAGAGCAUUGCCUCUGAUAAUGUUGUGCCUGUCUUUUACAACAUGAUCAAGCAGGGACUUGUGUCCCAGUCCAUGUUCUCCGUCUACCUGAGCAGCAACAGUGAGCAGGGCAGUGAGGUCGUCUUUGGUGGUGUUGACAGUAACCACUAUACUGGACAAAUCACCUGGAUCCCUCUGACCUCUGCUACCUACUGGCAGAUCAAAAUGGACAGCGUUACCAUCAAUGGACAGACUGUGGCCUGCUCUGGUGGCUGCCAGGCCAUCAUUGACACUGGUACCUCUCUGAUUGUCGGUCCAACCAGUGACAUUAAUAACAUGAAUAGUUGGGUUGGAGCCACAACCGACCAGUAUGGAGAUGCUUCAGUGAACUGCCAGAACAUCCAGAACAUGCCUGCUAUCACCUUCACUCUCAGUGGAACUGCCUUCACCGUCCCUGCAUCUGCCUACGUCUCUCAGACCAGCUAUGGUUGCAACACUGGCUUUGGCCCGGGUGGCUCUGACCAGCUCUGGAUCCUGGGAGAUGUCUUCAUCAGGCAGUACUACGCUGUGUUUGAUAUGACCGGUCCAUACAUUGGUCUGGCACAGUCUGCAUAAUCUAGACACCUGAAUUAUCCAAGUGUGUAUUUCAAUGUAUGAGGCUUGUUGGACUGAAGACUGAAGACAAGAAAAGUGCAACUGAGACAUUGUGGAAAAUAUAUAUGAGGCUAUGCUGUAACUGUCUCUGCAUUAAAUAG